AUGUUGGAAAGGCAAAUUGACAACCACCAAGCCUCUACUUCUAGUACCCAAGUCACGGGCAAAUUGCCCGCUUUCCCUGAAAAUCCACGAGAGCAUGUUAAUGCCAUUGUAACAAGGAGUGGCAAGGAACUUAAAGGACCAUCUUUUACAAUUGACAAGCUAAUGCCAAAUGGAAUGAGUAGUGGAGGAAUUGAAGAAGAAGUUGAAAAAGAGGAAGCUACUCAUGACAAAAAUGAUGGGUUGAAGCUGGAGAGGAGUUACGUACCACCAUUACCAUUCCCCCAAAAAUUUCAAUGUCAAACUAAAGAGUGUAGAUGGAAGAAAUUCUUGAAUUUGGUUGAAAAUUUGAAUGUGUCUAUCCCUUUGCUUGAUUUACUCACUCAAGUGCCUUCUUAUGGAAAGUUUUUAAGGGAGAUUUUCUCAAGGAAAAGAAAAUUUGGUGCUCAAGAAAUGAUUGCAAUGACACAAGAAUGCCGAGCCCUAAUAAAUGAUGAGGGAAAGUUUCCUACCAAGCUUAGAGAUCUGGGAAGAUUCACAAUUCCAUGUGUUAUUGGAGGGUUGACCAUUAAUAGAUCACUUUGUGAUCUAGGAGUGAGUGUUAAUGUAUUGCCCUUAUCUUUGUGCAAAAGGUUAAAUUUGGGAGAACCAAAGCCGGUUGAACUCACCCUUGAAUUUGCCGACCGGUCAACCAAAAGUCCUAUUGGAAUACUUGAAGAUGUCCCGGUUCGGGUGGACAAAUAUUUCGUGCCUUGUGAUUUCAUUGUUAUGGAUAUUAGAGAAGACCCAUGUUUUCCAAUCAUAAUGGGGCGACCUUUCUUGGCAACAACAGGGGCUAUGAUUGAUGUGAGGAAGGGAUCAAUAAUUUUUUACUUUGGAGAAGAAAAAGUUGCAUUUAAUGUGUUUGAUGAGCCUAAAUCUCCUUGUGUUGAAAAGUGUUUUGUGGUUGAUGUGAUUGAAGGCAAGAUUCAUGAUGAAGGUGAAUAUUUUGAUCCCAAUGUUGGAAGGGCACUUGAUGAGCGGCUUCAAUUGUGGAAAAAUUUUCAAGUCAUGGAGGUGCUACUUUUGUUCAGAGGGAGAAGAACCACAUGGUGGAGAAAGUUGAACAAGGAUAUGUUUUGGGACUCAAAACUUGUGAUAGGAACUUCAUUGAGGCUAGUUAUGGUGGUAGCCUCACGGAUCACCCAGGAUGAACUAUGA